AUGCUGCUUCGUAUGGCUGGGCUGCUAGCACUCUGCCUGCUUCAACGGGUGACUAUCGCCGCCGAUAACAGCGAGCUCCAUUCGCGGGCUCAUUGCGAGUUUCCUUGGGCGAUCACCUACGUUGGCAGCAGCCAGCUCUCAGCCCCUGUCACCGUCUUGAAUUUCACUUCGACCUUCUCCUCCAAUUGCGCCACAAAUUAUCCUCACCUCCCAACGUUUGCCAUCUAUUAUAAUGGCCAGGAACAGCUCACUGGAACAUGCGAGACCCCUCAGGUUGAUGGCUCACAACCGAUGACUUGUUCUUUGUCUCCAUACGAGCUCUUAGAGGGCUUGGACUGGAACAUCACGAUCAAGGGUUCCGUACCGAUCGAGGUAGAUUCCACGGACUAUUUUCAGGUCACGACCUUUUCUCAGAAGGAAACCGCCUGCUUCAAUUCCCUUGCGUUUCCCGGUUCGCCUCUAGCUUCAACCUUUGAGCAAGACUUUGCCAUGACGAUACCGUUCACAUAUGAUCCGUCUAGUUGCAUUCCAGCCGAGGUCGACGGAUCCUCCCUCAAUGUGGUUCUAGGUGAUCAAUACACCCUGAAUUGCUCGCACCUGAACAAUUUCCGUGCCUGGAAAGGCAACGGAAAUGUAACUUGCACUGCUGGCUCAACAACGCCGCCUGUGGGUCAAUAUCUCGGCUCGAUUUCCAUGACGGAUCCCUCUGGACUCUUGACUAUUAAUUACGUCGACUACAGUUCCAUUUAUUUUGAAGUUUUAGGAGACCAGAAGUGCUGGCCUACCAUAGUGAUCAGCAGCAAUGACACCUCUAUUGGGGCCAAUCCCCAAGGUUAUGUUCAAAGUAUAGCUCAGACGUUCACCUUCAACCCGCAGGACUGUGUGGGCAGUGUCUCGGAUGGAGAGUUUUUCUCAAUGUCCUUAUACGCGUCUACCGGAGGCAGCCAAAUAGACUCUACCAGCUGUAGCCAGCCAGCCUACUCGUCUACCGGCGAAGCUACCGUGCAGUGCAACUUCAACACACAGCUUACUCCCGCAUCCUCACCAUACUAUGCCUCUCUUGAUUUUUAUGACGAGCUGGGCAUUCAGCGUUCUUUUUCGCAAUUCAAAGUCGACAUUCUGGAAUCAGUCAGCAUUUGCGCCAACACCAUUCAGAUAUCAGAGACCUAUUCUGGUCAAGUGUUAAUAACGACAACACCUGGGCCACAGCACUUUACGUCUCCGAUAACGUGGGAUCCGACUGCCUGUCAAGACUUUGAUUUUUCAAGGCUUAAUGGCCUCUUUCCAGUUGCGGAAAUUAUGCCGGCAACACUGGUCAGGGCAAUCUCACUUGCAAUUGUCCAUUGUCCGAAUCGUCUGGCCAGGAAUGUGCUGACAAAGACCGGUCACUCGCUUGUUCUAACGUCACAGAUGUAUGUCGCGGCUGAUGAGACAUGCGGGGCAACACUCAACAUUCAAUCGGGGGGUAUCACCGUUUACGCUUCCGAACAAUCAUUCACUCGAAGCUUCACUUACUCCACCACUGCGUGCUCAUCGGUCAUAUCCUCCUUGAAAUACUUUCUUUACUUCGACGCUUUUUAUCAGCCUUUUACCUGUACCGCCACCCAACAGAACGGACAAGGGACAUUGUUCUGCGAUAUCAGCAAUGCUGUCCAGCCUUUCAACAUUCCAGGCACAUAUACUGGGGAGAUCGUUAUAGCCGACCCCCAUAACUUCAAUUUGGGCCAGGUGGAGAUAACCGUUUACUUCUCUAGCAGCACUGCAGGCAUGGGCAAGCGCAAUGCCAGGCAGUCCAUCUUUGGUGCCAAGUGCUUGCCUGGUUGGGUCGCGUGUCCCGUCCCAGGCCGUCGUCAACAAACUUGGGAAUGUGUCGAUGUGCUGAAUGAUCUGUAUUGUGGGUAA